AUGAAGUUGACCCUGUUUGCCGCCGCUUUCUUGCCUCUUACGGCCGCCUUUACGUUCCAACCUGACCGUAUGUGGGGUUGGUCGAGUGAUACAGAUGAGCCAUUGUCGAACCUGGUUCCCGAUUGUACCAAGCAGCCCACAGUUUCCGUGUUGAACAAGGGCACUUACGAGGGCGUCAAUGGGCAUCAGAAUGACUUUGCUGCUGCCAAUCGCUUCCCAGAAGCCACCAGUGCUCCAGUGCCCAGCAAGUAUCGUUCACAGCCUCAACCAGCUACACCUCAGUCUGUGCCAGAGGUUUCUUCCAGGGCUCUUCCUCCCCAAGAAAAAGAUGCCUUCUUUCCUGACCCGGCUAACACUCCUUCGAAUCCAUUGUCUUCGCGCAGCCACAAUAGACUUGUUGGUACCGACCGGGCACCGGACCAAAAGCCAGAAUCGUGGACUAUGCAACAAUGGUAG